AUGCAGUCCACAGACAAUGAAGAGUACAAGGUGCCAGGUCUUGGUGAUGAGCUGGAAGCCAAAGAUAAAGGACAACUGAGUCAAGGACAACUUUCAACCAAGCCUAGAGAGGGGCCAUCCAAGUUGCUGUGGCAGUGGCGAAAGACCGAGCGGGACCCGAGAGUAGGUAGGGAGCGGCCAUGUCUUGCUACACGAGGUCCCCCAACACCUCCCUGUUCAUCAGGAAUGUCGCGGACGCCGCCAGCACCAGGCCAAAAGAAAUCAAAAGAAUGGCAUCCUUGUUCUCCAGCUGAUCACAGGAGAUCAAGAAGCCCCAGUCAAAGGAGAACUCGAAGUAGAAGUUCUUCAUGGGGAAGAAACAGGAGGUGUUCAGAUAGCCUUAAAGAGUCUCGACACAGGCAAUUCUCUUACAGCCAGUCUAAAUCUCGUUCCAAAUCACUACCAAGGCAGUCUACCUCAGCACGGCAGUCAAGAACUCCAAGAAGGAAUUCUGGUUCUAGAGGAUGGUCAAGGUCCAAAUCUUUACAAAAAAGGUCCAAGUCAAUAGGAAAAUCACAGUCAAGUUCACCUCAAAAGCAGAAUAGCUCAGGAACAAAAUCAAGAUCACAUGGAAGACAUUCUGACUCCAUAGCAAGAUCCCCCUAUAAAUCUCCCAAAGGGUAUACCAAUUCUGAAACUAAAGCACAAACAGCAAAACAUUCUCAUUUUCGGUCACAUUCCAGAUCUCAGAGUUAUCGUCAUAAAAACAGUUGGUGAACA